GGCAGCCUGGAGAGCAGGCCUGGGCCAGGCUCUGCGCGGCUAUCCGAGGUCUGCCAGAGGGAUGUUUAUCCCAGGAGAGGGAGUGAGGAGUCAGCGCUGGGAAUGAUGAGCUGCAGCCAGAGCUCCUGCUGCACUGCUGGCUCCUCAGAGAACAACAGAAAACUGUUACGGGGACUGUGGUGAGGGGCGGUUACUUCUCUGGCCGUGCCCCCUCUGCUUCGGCCGUGUGUGCGGAGGCUGUGGGCUCUGGUCCUCAGCUUCCCUCCCAGAGCCCCUGCUGGUGGGGGACAGCGGUUAGGGGGCUGCGGGCGCAGCUGGGGCCUCGUGCCUUGAAUGAUUCAGGUUCAGCAUCCUCUCGUAAAAGAACUGUAUGUUUUAAUGUGAUCAUGAUGUGUAAACUUAUCUGUCAGCUAGGUGACUUGACUUUCCUCACCAGACCCUUCCUACUAAUGGCUCAGGGGACAGUGGGCUCCGCCCUGUGGCUGUCAGGACCUGCCACCUGGGGAAGGAAAGGGUGACGACUGGGGAAGCGGUUUGACUUGGGCUCCACCCCCAGAUUCGCCAGGCGUUUCUGCUGUGGACCAUGUGAGGAAAUAUGUGUGAAACUCCCACCGUCAGAAAUGCCCACCUUUUGUUGAACACCUGUUAGGUGCCAGACCCUGAGCAAGGUACUUUAUUUCUACCAUGUUUCACCUUUACAGCCUGGCAAGGUGUCAGCGGGGAGUCGCCCCCAGGCAGAGGGUAAAGGUUGGUGAGGCGGGCAGGCUGGGCCUGUGUUGCUGCAGCGCAGCGCUCGGCCCUCGUGGGCUCUGCCCCGCUGCGCGGCACCCCGUCAGCACGAGGGAGCUGAGUUAUGUGCCGUCUGUACGCCGUUCUGUGCCAUUCCACUGGGGUCGCCAGAAAGCCGGCUGGGGCUGCGCACACUUCUCCUCUGGGCUGUCCUCAUCGUGUGCCCCUCAGGGUCUCCCUGAUGGACUCUGGUCCUUCCCCAGGGGGCAGGGCUUGGAGGAUGAGCCCUCUCUCAGGGGCGCUCUCCUUGCCCGCAGUCUUCUGCUGCUUCUAAGUCAGACAUACGCAGACCAUGCGUGCGGGGCCUCUGGGGGAGGAGGUGUGGUGCUGGGUUCAGCCGCGGGCUUGGAGCAGCUGUGCCGGGCUCUGGGUGUGGCAGCCCCUGCCAGCCCUCGCCUCAGUGUUGGCGCCCGCAGCCUCUUGACUCUGCCCCUCCAGGUCGUUGGCACGUUGGCUAGAAUAACUCAUGGAUCUGUCCUUUCUUUCCUUCUGAAUGUUAACAUCUCAGGAUAAUCAUUAUCAGUCAGCUUUGGCCAUUUUCCUUCCCUGUUUCAGGGUGCAGUCCCCAUGGGACUUUGCAGCGAGGCCCACUCUGGUGCCCGGCCGCCCCGGUAGCUGAGCGUUUCUUCAUAUCUGUAUAUAAUCCACUCCAAGCUUUUCAUAAGUUGGUCCCUGACUCAUGAUGGUUUGACUUACGAUUUUUCAACUUUAUGAUGCUGCAAAAGUGAUACACAUUCAGGAGAAACCAUGCUUCGAGUUUUGAAUGUUGAUCUUUUCCUGGACCAGCGAUGCAGGGCGGACACUCUCUCCUGAUGCUGGGCCGCGCCCCAGCAGCCCCGAGGUCACGGGGGUGCACAGCCUGUCAGGGUGCCCUGACAGCCGUUCUGUAUUCGCUUUCAAUCAAUUACAUGAGAUAAUCCACAUUUUAGUAUAAAACAGGCUUUGUGCUAGAUGGUUUCGCCCACUUGUAGGCUAAUGUGAGUGUUGUGAGCACGUUUCAGGAAAGCCAGGCUAAGCUGUGACCUUCGGUAGGUUCAGUGUAUUAAAUGCAUUUUCGACUUAUGAUAUUCUCAACUUACAAUGGGUUUAACCCUAACCCUAACCCCAUCGUAAGUCGAGGAGGAUCUGUAGUCUCUCUUCUGGGCUAAACAAACCCUUUUUUCCUUCUGAAAAAGCAGGGGGCAGCUGACGAUCUUUCAAUAUAAAUAGUUUAGUUCAGCCCAGCAAAUACGUCCUUCUUGUUAGGUGGGGUGGUCUGCAGAGCAAGGGGGGCAGGGUUGUUGGGAGGAGGGUUAGGGCAUUGGGGACCAGCGGGCAGCUUAGUGCAGUGAGGAGGGCCUGGCGGCAGGUAGCCUCAGCGUGUGCCUCCGCCUGCCCUGCACGCUGGGCUGGGCGUUGCUCGAGGGCUUUGCAGGUGUGUCAGCUCACUCACCCUCACUUCAGCAGUACAGCAGUCCCCACCUUACAGACAGGGAAACCGAGGCACGGAGGGAAGGCACUUACCCACGCCGCAUGGCUGGUAAGUGCUGGAGCCCAGAUUCCAACUCCAGCCCCGGAAGUCUGGCUCCAGGUUCUACUUGAGUCUCUGGGGCGGGGCCUUCCAGUGCCUGGUGUUGAGUGGUGUCCCUGGCCUGUACCCCCUCAAUGCCAGGAGCACCCCUCCCCCGAAUUGUGACGACUAGGAGUGUCUCCAGACAGGGCCGGGUCUGCCUGUCCUGCACCAGCUACCUCGCCUUCCCCAUGCCGCCUUCCUGACUGGACUCUGAGAGUAUAGCAGACGCAUUGCACCUUUGGCCAUGAAAACAUUUACACAUGGGACAAGCUGACAGCGUGGUCCCAGAGAGUUCAUUACCCAGAUGCCACCACCUAGAUCGACCCAUUAUUAACAUCUUGCCCUAGUGGAUCUAUUUCUAUUUGAAAAUAUAUAUUUUGUUGUCAUUAGAUCAUUUGAAAGUAAGUCACAGACAUUUUGACACAUGAUCUCUGAAUACUUCAGUGUGCAUCCCCUAAACAAGGAUAUUAUGUAACCACAGUAACCGUCAUGCCUAAAAAUCCUAAUUUUUGUGCUCCCUGGUGUCUGGGGUCCCUCAGAUGUUUCAUAGGUGCUUUCUUUAAGAUUGAGGUUUAGUCAGGGUUCAUGCUUUGCACUUGGUGCAAAGUCCUCCCACGUUUUUUCUCGUGACUUUUUUUUCUACCUUCUAAGGAAAAAUUGCAAAUAUUUACAGAAGUAGAGAGAACUGAUAAAUGACGGUGCCGGGCACCAGUAGUUCUCAAGGCGUGGAUGCUAAUGGCUUUCUGGAGAGAGACACCCCACGCUCGGGAAUUCUCAGGGUCACUGAUAACGAACGAGAAGCCCCAAGGCUGGCAGUUGCUGGCUGUUGUCAUUUCUUAUUCCGUGGGCUUGUAAUCUCGCUGAGAAGACCAGAAUCGCAGCAGAACGCUCGCUGGCCAGAGGAGCAGGCAGCUGGUGUGCGGGGUGUCCCGGCUUCGCCUCGCCGUCUUGCACGCCGGCCCUGGACCUACCCCACCCCCCACCGCCGCCCCCAGGCCACAGCUCCGCCUCGGGCUCCAGCCCCCCCUUGGUGGGUAUGUGGCCCGGCCUCCUCCCAGGCUGACCACUCCAGCGCACGCCCCCUCCCUGCAUGAAAACCCUGGGAUCCCCCCCCGCCCCCGCUACAGCUCACUUUGCUGCCCACCCUCUUCUAUCUGGGCGCCCCUCCCCACCUCUGACAUGGGCCUGUCUCCUCCCCAGCAACGCCCUUACUCUCCUGGCUCCCUCUGCCCCAGCGUCCGGGUGGAGACCCACUUGCUGCCAGGCCGCGGGAUCCCCGACGCCCUCUCACCUGGUGUGGCCCCCGUGUGCGGUGCGCGGGCCCCCCACCACUGGGGUCUGGCCUGGGACACAGCCAGGGCUGUGGGCUCCAAGAGUGGGGCCGGGCGGGCCUGCUGGAGACGGGGCCAGAGCCGGAGGAGGGCAGCAGGGGUGCGGGCAGGAGGGCUCUGGCUGUGGUCCUCGGUCGCACGUGGCCCCUCACAGGCAGGGUGUGUUUGGUGGGCGUGUGCGGUCGCAGACGCGGACUCGGGUGAGGGGCACAGGGAGAGGUCUGCACACCUCGCAGAGAGCAGGCGGGGCUGCCUGCGGGGGAGGCCCGGUGUGCGGGCGGGCGGGCCUCCCCUCCUCCCACGCCUGCUGGCACCACAAACCCUUGUCAUCCGUGUCAUCCGUGAGGUGGGAGGUGACGGGGGCCCCGCCUGCAGCCACCGUGUGUGCCACGCCCCAGGCCAGGUCGGGUCGCGCGGGCCAGGUAGGGGGGCGGCGGGGUGGACAGCGGGCUGGGCCGCCCUCUGGCACAGAAAGCCUGGGGCUCUGCAUGCCCGAGUCUGCCCGCCACUGCCUCUCUUGCCUUUGCGGGGUUUUCCUUGAGGAUCUGCACUUGCUGUGUGUGGCCUUGUGGAGUGGAACUUUCUGUCCUGUUCUCCUCUUGGGACGCCCCAGCUCUGCCGCUUCCACUUGGCCCUGCUGCAGGGCAGGCCGAAGCCCUGGCCAUCCCCCACUGCCUUCUUCAGGAGAAACCUCGGGGCACCGCCUGCAAGGUGGCCCUCGAGACCGCAGCCCCUGUGGAAGAAGGCACUCUCCGCCACAGUGCUGGGGGUGCCCCUGCUCUUCGGGGCGAGGUACCUCACGGCUGAGCCACAGGAGAGGAGGCGGAUGCGGCUUGUGGUGGACGGCGUCGGGCGCUUCAGCAGGUCUUUGAGGGUCGGCCUGCAGAUCUCCCUGGACUACUGGUGGUGCACAAAUGUCGUCCUGCGAGGGGUGGAGGAGAACAGCCCGGGGUACUUGGAGGUGAUGUCUGCAUGUCACCAGCGGGCGGCCGACGCCCUGGUGGCUGGGGCCAUCAGCAACGGGGGCCUCUACGUGAAGCUGGGCCAGGGGCUGUGCUCCUUCAACCACCUGCUGCCCCCCGAGUACAUCAAGACACUGCGGGUGCUGGAGGACCGGGCUCUCACGCAGGGCUUCCGGGAGGUGGACGAGCUGUUCCUCGAAGACUUCCGGGCCCUGCCCCACGAGCUCUUCCAGGAGUUUGACUACCAGCCCAUCGCGGCGGCAAGCCUGGCCCAGGUGCACCGCGCCAGGCUGCACGACGGCACUGUGGUGGCCGUGAAGGUGCAGUACAUCGACCUGCGGGACCGCUUCGAGGGCGACAUCUACACCCUGGAGCUCCUGCUGCAGCUCGUUGAGCUCAUGCACCCCAGCUUCGGCUUCAGCUGGGUCCUCCAGGACCUGAAGGGGACCCUGGCCCAGGAGCUGGACUUUGAGAACGAGGGCCGCAAUGCCGAGCGCUGUGCACGGGAGCUGCAGCACUUCCGCUAUGUCGUGGUGCCACGCGUACACUGGGAUGUGUCCAGCAAGCGCGUGCUGACGGCGGAAUUCUGUGAGGGCUGCAAGGUCAACGACGUGGAGGCCAUCAAGACCAUGGGGCUGGCGGUGCGGGAUAUAGCGGAGAAACUGAUCAAGGCCUUUGCCGAGCAGAUAUUUUACACAGGCUUCGUCCACUCUGACCCCCACCCUGGCAAUGUUCUGGUGCGGAAAGGCCCCGAUGGGAAGGGACAGCUGGUGCUGCUGGACCAUGGGCUGUACCAGUUCCUGGAUGAGAAGGACCGGUCAGCCCUGUGCCAGCUGUGGCGGGCCAUCAUCCUGAGGGACGAGGCUGCCAUGAAGGCGCACGCAGCUGCGCUCGGGGUGCAAGACUACUUCCUGUUCUCCGAGGUGCUCAUGCAGCGGCCUGUGCGCCUGCGGCAGCUGUGGCACUCGCGCCUGCUGAGCCGUGAGGAGGCGGCCUACAUGCAGGACAUGGCGCGGGAGCACUUCGAGGAGGUCAUGGCCGUGCUCAAGGCCCUGCCACGGCCCAUGCUGCUUGUGCUGCGCAACCUCAACACCGUGCGCGCCAUCAACACCGCCCUGGGCGCCCCAGUGGACCGCUACUUCCUCAUGGCCAAGAGGUGGGGCCCCGGGCCCCCCCACCCCAGCCCCGCGCAGCAGGAGGGGCGGGGCCGGGACCAGGAGGGGCGGGGCCAGGAGGCGGGGCUGACCGCCGGUCGGUGGUCUCCGUGCAGCGCAGUCCGGGGCUGGAGCCGCCUGGCGGGCGCCACGUGCCAGAACGUCUAUGGCGCCAGCCUCCUGCGCCACAUCAGGGUCAUCUGGGAGUCGUUCAAGUUUGAAGUGGCCCUGAGGAUGGAGACCCUGUCGAUGCGGAUCACCGCCCUCCUGGUCCGAGUCCUGGUCCACCUGGGCCUCGUGCCCAAGACCAAGGGGCUGUACGAGUUCCUGGAGACCUAGGGCCCCCCGCACGAGGAUCACAGAGCUCGCGCCACCGCAGGCUGACGGGCCGGCCAGGGCCAAGGCACAGAUGCCUAAGAAAGACCUGGGGGCACUGGAGUGACUGUGGCCUGGAGUCGGGCCUGCAAUGACCACACGCUCUUCUCAA